AUGGCACGUACAUCCGACGCCGCAUUCUUCGGGAGCCGGAUCGGCUUACAGGAGGCUGUAUCACCCACCAAACCCGCUCGGAAACAAUCCCACGACGACGGAUCAGCCAACGGCACAAGCCUUGAGUUCCUCCGCGACACAUCUCCCUCGACAGCCUUGUGUAUCUUCACCGACAACGCUUCGUCAGAUUUAGCAGACGAUGAGGAGGAAGCCAGCCUAUGUUCGAAUAUCAACGCCGCUACCGCCGCAGAAAAGGCCCUCGGUGUCAGAGUUGCAGAAGCGGCAGCUGAGCUCAGGGCGUGGUGCGCCGAGAUAGAACAAUGGGGUUGGGCGGGUACAUUCGAGCCUCCGGAAGAUGAGGAGCAUGGGAACUCCCAGAAGAGCACGGAGAACCAUGCCAAUGGCAUGCAGGCGCGCAAUGGAGCAGCCAAUACAGCCGGCGGACUGAGAUACUGGGGUUCCCUGCCAUCCACGCAGGUCGAGGCGUACGAGGAACGACUUCGGGAUAUCGCAAUUCAGCUGGAAGACCUUGAGCUGGACGAGCUUAAGGACCUUGUACUUCAGAUGCACGGUCAAAACAGAUCUAGGCCAUCCUCAAGCUACAGCGAGAAACACCCCGCUCUGACGUUACUCGAUGAUGUGUCGCUACUGAUUACAAAGACGCUACUCCAAGCCCUGCCGCACCUCUCACAGCUCAAUCAAUCGGUGGAUGCAUGGACUUUACGUCUGGCGGUACUUCGUGAGGUCCCGGGAUAUUUGAAGGAACUCAAAACUUCGAGGACCGCUUUGCAGCUAGCCUGGGACGCUAUGCGUAUGCCAGCUGAUGCCAAUGAUACAGGCGACUCCUCGACUCGCUGGGCAGAAGCACUCCAGUCCAUUCGAACAGUCUUGCAAGACAAAGUCGGCGGUCUUGGGGAGCGGCUAGACAGGAUGCUGGACCAGCUCGAAGGUCGUGAAGACACGAUACCGGAUGCUUGGAUUGACAACUUCGAGGGCCUUGAAGCCGACUACGCGAAAUGGACCGUCGUGUCUCAGCGACGCGUUCUCGAGGUUGAGAUGAAAGUGGCCUCCGAACAGCGAAAGAAGCCCACUGUAGCUUCGUUGCAGGGUACGGAUCGGCCCUCGUUGCCUCCAACAGAGCUGUUUGCGCGGGUUCCAUCUAUCGAGCUUGUCCACCCAUCGCCCAUUGGGAUGCUUAACGGUGGCUUCUUCGAGAAUGCUGCCCAACUCGACGCAAGCGCUGAAGGGCACACUAUUGGCUCUCUGAUGAACUCCCAUGUAGGAGACAGAAGAGAACUCCCAAAUACGACGCCGAGCCAGCCGGGGAAACCAGGCAGUCCAUUAUCCGAAAACAUCGUUGGUAGCGAUUCCAUCGUUCUGCCCGCAAGUCCAACCACUCGAUUGAAGCUCACGCCUAACUCCGCCACACAGCCAUCGACCAUGAGUAGUUUCGGGGAGAAUACAAGUGGGACGUCAUCAUGGCUUCCAUCGCUUCAUCGACCUGUCGAGACGAUGAUGAAGAGAGCUUCCAUAACCUCGAUCGAGUCCAUUCCUCGUUCACAGGUCAAAAGCGUCACCAUUCGAAGGACCAGUAGUACAUCGUCUGCAUGUUCGCUUCCUCAGCAUCAGUCGGUCCGAGACCGCGAAACUCAGAGUCCUGAGUACGGGAUUGAUACGUCUGAGGAUGGCUUAGAACGACGGCGCUCGAGCGCAAGCCAGUAUCACCAAGCGUCUCAAGCUUCUGCUGAACGGCUAGAAAGCUAUUUGAUGCGCCGUUCGUCUACGUCGUCCCAGCGUUCGGGGAUGAUGAGGGAUGAGCCAUCUUUUCCUUCGCCGGUCCAGGAGUUCUCAGUGUAUGACGACGAGUACGAAGACUCGGCAUCCUCCGGAACAAUUGGGACGAUCGAAGACGAGUUGUCUCCAUCGCCUGCCGCUCAAGCCCAGUCGCCACGACCACAGACCCCUGAGAGCAUCCCGUCAAGCCCUGCCUUCUCUGCAACCUCGUCCGCGACUGCCUCACCACCAGCAACGCCCUCCCGUCGUGUCGAAGAUUCACCAACUAUCCGGCAGGUAACUAAUCGUCAGGUUGCCCGAAUGCCCCAUCCUCCCCUGAACUCCGCCAUGGCGAAGCGCCGGCGGAAGGAAGACUUGAGGCCACAGUGGCCGCCGCAGAGGUCUUCCCAAGCUUGUCUGGAUGCAGACGAGCUUCACGCCGACGAGCAAGCCCAGUCGUCCCCAGCAAGCAAGGCCGAACCAGUCCUCGACCUCGAGCAACAAAUCCACAGAAUCAUAACCCUGAUCCGUGCACCAAUUCGCCUCAUGUCCGGGGCCGAGGCAGAGCCGCUUGAAGAAAGCUCGCCACGCGCGGCAUCCUACAGCCGCCCCUCCUCACCCCCCAGCGCCGCGCGGCCAAGCAAGCAACCGUCGCUGACGCUCUCCCCCGUCAAGAACGAAGACCCGCGCGGCGUCCGCAGACGCGGCGACCCGGACUCGGAGAUCCGACUGUACCACCUCACGCAGGCCGGCAAGGACAAGCCCAUCAAGCUCUUCAUCCGGCGCGUCGGCGAGAACGGCGAGAGGCUCAUGGUGCGCGUCGGUGGCGGGUGGGCUGAUCUGGGGGAGUAUCUCAGGCAGUACGCCGAACAUCACGGCAGGCGCACGGUUUCGGAGGGACGGCUCGAGUUGCAUGGUUUACCAAGCACCGGAACACCGGGGGUGAGCACGCCAACCAUGCCGUCGGGCAUCGGUGCCAGGAUCGCGAAGUUCAGCUCCCCAAGCGGCGCGGCACCGACGUAUACGCCGCCGCCGCCGCCGAACGGCGUCAUGGGUUUUGCGUCCGUGGCGAGAGCAUCGACGGAACAGGUCUCGUCGACGCCGAAGAGUCCGGCGUUUCCGGUUUCGGAGCCCUCGACGACGGACUCGGGACGCACGGGGAGUAGAGGCCAGGAUGUUGGGCUUGGAGGGCUGUCGGCUAGGAAGUUGGAUUUGAGUGGGGAGAAAUUGGAGUGGGUUGAGGGGAUGAUGGAUAAGGCGCGGAAGCUGGAUAAUGGCGGCGGUGGUGGGGAGUUCAGGGAUCUGGGCAAGGCGGGGUCGACGAGGAGGGUGUUUCUUAAGGGGGAGUAA